GCACAAUUUAUAGUCCACUUUAACUUUAACUUAUUUCUGUUUCUGUGGAAUACUAAGGAGUUUAUCAUAAACUACUUAUGCAUAUGAGGCUUUUCCAACUAUGGAUAUUUUACCGCUUAUCGUAGCCAAAUAUAACAUCUCAAAAAUAACAUUGCGCAAUUUCAUCUGAAUUUCAGAUUAAUUAUUUGUCUCUGUCUCAACCUUCCAUAUUAAUUGAAGCGGUCAUAUAUCUGUGAAUUAGAGAAUCAACAGCGUUUUGGAAGUCGAUGCCAUAAAAGUUGUUACUUUAUUUGACCUUUUCUGGGAGACACUUCAAAUUUUUCUAAUGGUGAAACGUGUUGUCGUUCUUGGUUGUGGCGCCUGGGGUACUGCCACCGUUAAACUUGUUGCUGACAACGUUAAGUCUUCAAAAGAAUUUCAUGAAGAAGUUUAUUGGUACGUAAGAGAUGAAGAUUGCAACGGUCGUAGCCUAACCACUUGGAUUAAUCAAGAACAUAUAAAUCCCAAGUACUUGCCAACACUUGAUAUUCCUUCGAAUGUUUCCGCCUCCUCUAAUAUUCAGAAAGUGGUCGAAGAAGCUGACAUUAUAUUAGUGUCUUAUCCAUCAUGCCACAUUCUAUGGUUGGUAGAAAAUGUGAAGAAAUUUAUCAAAGACGGUGCAUAUUUUGUCUCCUUUUGUAAGGGUCUCAUUCUGUGUCCCGAGGAAAACAGAAUUAAACUGGUAAGCGAUGUUAUUCGAGAGCAAACUGGUAAAAGCUGCGUGGUCGUUAUCGGGGCUACAACAGCUGUCGAAGUGGCCAAACAACAUUUCACCGAGGCAACUAUCGGCUCCAAGAAUCUCACAUAUGCACAUGAAGUAAAAAGGCUUCUACAGUCCGAUUACCUCAAGCUUGUUAUAACUCAAGAUGAUGUUGGCGUGGAAUUGUGUGGAGCGUUGAAGAACGUCGUGGCGAUAGCUGCGGGAAUAUGUCACGGUUUAGAUUUAGGAGACAAUACUAAGGCUGCCGUAUUGCGUAUUGGAUUUUGGGAAGUAUCUGAACUAAUGAAAGAGUUGUUCCCUGACAGAGGUAUAAAUUAUUUAACAAUUGAACAAAGUUGUGGAAUAGCUGAAUUAUUUAUGUGUAUGUCAUAUAGAUCAGACGAAAUCCCGGAUAUUGGAGCAGAUUUAGAUAUUUUGAACAUCACCUAUGGAAGAAGGCUUUCUUUAAGUGAUACAGUUAAGUCUUCCUUGUAUCCAGUUUCCUCUAAAGAUCUGCACAGAAUAUUUGUAGACGGAGUGGAAUAUGCAAAACAGAUCUACAACAUAUUAGUUGCUAGACGCCGCACGACACAUUUCCCACUAUUUGUCACUGUGCAUCGUAUCUGUCAGAAUGAAAUGAAACCUCAAGGGCUGAUUACAUGUUUACAAUCUCAUCCAAUCCAUGCUUAAGCCUUCUGGGAUUAAAGAAUUUGCAGAGGCGACCUACGCGAAUACUUGUUUGUCGUAGUAUAUCAAUCUAACUUGAAUAUUAUACUUAAAUAAUAUCCGACUUUUUAAGAAAAAACAGAUUACCUAUGGCUUCAUUUUGAUCAGCCUAUUUUUCCUCUAAGACUCAUUUUUUGUCUUCUGCUUUAGAAUGUAAAACUCCUAAUGAUUGUGUAAUUACUAAUAAUCGGACAGUAUUUUCACACAAUUAACUAAAUUACGUUAAAAGAAAUAAUAUAAUUGUCCAGAAUAC